AUGGCGUCCUACCAGAACAUUGACGAGCUCAUCGAGACCGAGGCUGCCAAGGUCCACGAGAAACUCGCGCGCGAGCGUCAGAACAAGAAUGGCGGCGGUCCCAUGGAUAUCGAGCCGAGCACCAAGACCGACAGAAUGAUCAAGGUUGAGAAGACUGACGACGACUACUACCGCCCAAGCAGCAGUAGCAGCAACCGCGGCCAUCCUAUGGGGCCACCACGCUCCUCGACCGACAGGUACAUGAAUGAGCGCGAAGAAAACAACGAGCGCCGUGCUCGGCGGUCCAGGGACAUUGGUGACGAUGACGCGGCUGCUGCCCGUCGCGGCAGUCAUGGCGGCAGCGACAAGGACAGCGCUAACGGCUCCAUACGCAGCAAGGCGAGAAGCCGCUCACCCCGGCGCGAGCACCGCCGUGUCGAACGCUCCCGUGAACGUCAAUCUCGUGACAACUAUCACAACUCUGGCCGUCGUGGCGAUGACAGCUAUCGGCCUGGAGAUCGUGGACACGACGGACGUCGCGGAUAUGAGCGCAGCAGAUAUGACGACGACUACCGCGGUGGCGGCGGAGGCGGCAACGGCUAUGGAAGACGUGGAGGCCGCGAUGGACGUGACGACCGUGGUCCACGUGAUGGAGGAGGUCGUGAUGGAGGCCACCGCCGUCGUUCCCCACCACAGAUGCCGACCGAGGAUGAACGCGACAAGCGCACAGUCUUUGUGCAGCAGCUCGCUGCUCGUCUUCGCACCAAGCAGCUCAAGGAUUUCUUCGAGAUGGCGGGACCAGUUGCUGAUGCACAGAUUGUCAAGGAUCGCGUGAGCCAGCGCUCAAAAGGUGUCGGGUACGUCGAAUUCAAAGAUGAAGAGUCAGUGCAGAAGGCCAUUCAGAUGACUGGCCAGAAACUAUGCGGUAUUCCCAUCAUCGCACAGCUCACAGAGGCAGAAAAGAACCGCCAGGCUCGUACCACCGAAGGCCAGCCAACCCAAUCCAACGGAAUUCCAUUCCACCGCCUGUACGUCGGAAACAUCCACUUCAGUAUUACUGAGGAGGACUUGCGRUCCGUCUUCGCACCAUUCGGCGAAUUGGAAUUUGUACAACUCCAGAAGGAGGACACUGGUCGCUCAAAGGGCUACGGCUUCGUUCAGUUCAUUGAUCCCACCGAAGCAAAGGAUGCUCUCGACAAGAUGAAUGGAUUCGAGCUCGCCGGACGUCCAAUUCGCGUGGGCCUGGGCAACGAUAAGUUUACGCCGGAGUCUACUACCGUCUUGCUUCAACGUUUCGGUUCCCAGGCUCACAACGCUCAGACGCAGCAGGGUUCCUCAUUCUCCGGAAUGGGUGGUCGGGGCGCUCACGCGGGUGGCGCCAGCAGCUUCGACCGCCCCGCAGCGGCACGCGAUGCUGACAAGACAGGUGGAGCCAGCGCUCUAGACGACACCGAUGUUGGAGGUGUCAACUUCUCCAACUACAGUCGAGAGUCUCUUAUGCGUAAGCUUGCGCGCACUGACGAGCCUGAGCAGAAGAUCGCUCCCAAGACACAGAAACAGCCCGCCGUGGUUCAACCCACCGCCUCUCGCUGCGUCCUCAUCAAGAACGUCUACGAUCAAGCCACGGAGACCGAGCCAGGCUGGCAGAAAGAACUCGAAGGCGAGAUGCGCGUCGAGUGCGAUGCAAAGUAUGGCAAGGUCAUCCACCUCGGCCUUGCUUUGGACAACAAUGACGGCGAAGUCUACGUCAAGUUUGACCGYGUACAGGGUGGCGAAAACGCCGUCAAGGGCCUCAACGGUCGCUGGUUCGGCGGCAGGCAGCUCACGGCUUCCUACGUCGUCGACGCGGUCUACAACAUGAUCUUUCCCAAGGCUCCGAACUGA